CCCUCUUUUCUGGGUCGGAACAAGACCGAGGUAUUUACUUACAUUGCAGAUAAAAUUCGUCACCGAAUUGGGGGGGUGGAGUAAGAAAUUGUUGUCUAAAGCAGGGAAGGAUGUCUUACUCAAGACUGUGGCUCAAGCUAUGCCUCAAUUUGCGAUGAGUGUGUUUUUGCUCCCCAUGUCCAUGUGCUCUAACAUGGAGCGGUUGAUGAAUGCUUUCUGGUGGCACGGGAGAGGAAUCUCGGACAGGGGUAUUAAUUGGCUCUCUUGGGAGCGUAUGGCGGUCCCUAAAAAAUUUGGGGGUCUAGGUUUUAAACAUCUCCACGGGUUCAAUAUUGCUAUGUUGGGAAAGCAAGGCUGGAGAUUACUCACUCAACCUGAUGCUUUGGUGUCUCGGGUCUUCAAAGCAAGGUACUUUCCCACCACUUCCUUUCUUGAGGCUAAGUUGGGGGGUACGCCUAGUUAUUGUUGGCGAAGCAUUUUGGUUGCCCAACCUCUUAUUAGGGUAGGGGCCCGUCGUAGAAUUGGCAAUGGUUCUGACACUCUCGUUUGAGACAGUUCGUGGCUUCCAGACGGUGCUCAUCUGUGGGUGUGCUCGGAUCCGACCACCCAUUGGCCUAAUUUCCCAGUUUCUUUUCUUAUUAAUAGAGAGAGCGGUUUCUGGAACUUGGAGCUACUGCAUCAGAUCUUUCCCCGGCAACGGCGCCAAAAUUUGAUAGGCGUGUCGUAGCACCUAUAAAUUAAUUUAUAAUUU